GAAAUGUCAUUAAUGUCUUCCAUCCAAACAAGUGAGUUUUGUGCUUAUGAUGCAUGCCUUCACAAUGCAGUUCACAUUACAUGUCACUAUUGUGUAUUAUGGUCAUUAGUAAAUUUUUUUCACGUUGCUCAAAGUUAUGAUUAUGGAUAAAAAUGAAUGACAGAAUGACGAUUGACUCAAUCGUCUGUUUUGAAGUGUGUUGAAAAAUGAGAAAUGCGAUAAUCACAAUACUACAAAUGAGUUUUCAUUAUCUUUUCACUUGUCUAUUUCCCAAGCCCCUCCUUCCUACCCCUCCCCCUAUCCUUACUCAAUAGUAGGAAGUUCGAAUGAAAAUCCUAACUAUUAGAUUGUUUUAGUACAUUUUGAGUUGCUGGGAUGGCAACGAUGUGAAUUAAUAGAUAACAUGUCUAUAUUAUGAGAAUCUAAGCGCUGCUGCAACAGUAGGUAUCAGUAAAUCAAUAAUUCGUUAUCAAGAGUAGACAAACAUAUAAAAUGAGAUUUGUAUAUCUGAUUGCUUUCAUCGAACUAAUAUGUGCCGUGUACGGUUACAAGAUCUUAGUGGUAUUCCCAAUGCCUGCCUUCAGUCAUUUUCGACUCGGUAGUACUCUGGCCGAUGGACUGGCAGAAGCAGGACAUGAUGUGACCUUGGUCAGCCCUUUCGAGGACAAAAAGGUGCCUGGAAAUGGAUCACUCAGGAGUGUCGUUCUUUCACUCAUCAGGGAACUCAAAAAUGAUAACAAUUUCAAUAUAUUCGAUAUAGCGAAAUCCGGUGUAUUCCUAGAAACGCUGUUCAUGAGCUAUAUCGGAAACGAUGCCACUAAUAGAACGUUGGAAGAUCCAGCACUUCAAAGACUCCUACAUUCCAAUGAAAAAUUUGAUGUCGUCAUCAUCGAGCAAUUCAUCAAUGAUGAAUUAAAGGCUCUUGCAUGGCACUUUGACGCUCCAUUGAUCAUGUUCAGCACCAUGGGAGCAACCGCUUGGUUGAACUCCAUAUCUGGAAAUCCAUCUCCACCAUCCUACAUCCCCGAUACAUUUGUGGAAUACGGAAGUUCCAUGACGCUAUGGCAAAGAACUAAAAACUCAUUAGUCAAGCUCUCCCAUGAUCUCACUCGAUACUUCAUUGUAUACCCUGCUCAAGAUGAAAUGGUGAAGCGGCAUUUUCCAGGGUGUCCAAGUGUUGAAACUCUAUCUUACAACGUAUCGCUGUUCUUUGUGAAUUCACACGAGAGCUUUGCACAAUCUGUUCCACUCGUCCCUAAUAUGAUCAACAUUGGUGGAUAUCAUGUCCAGCCUCCCAAGAAGCUGCCAGUGGAUCUCCAGAAGAUCUUAGAUGGUGCUAAAGAUGGAGUCAUUUUCUUCAGUAUGGGAUCAAACAUAAUUCCUUCGCAAAUGAAAUCUGAAACGAAACAGGCGUUGAUAGAUGUUCUGGGUGGGUUGAAAGAAACAGUACUCUGGAAAUGGGAUGAGGACGAUUUACUGGGUAAAACUGAUAACAUUGUGAUCAGGAAAUGGUUUCCGCAGAUGGAUGUUCUAGCACAUCCAAACGUUAAAUUAUUCAUAACACAUGGAGGAUUACUCAGUACAACGGAAACCAUCUACCAUGGGGUACCAAUUUUGGCAUUACCAGUUUUUGGAGAUCAGAGGCUCAAUGCAGCUAAGGCAGUGGAUGCUGGAUUUGGAGUUUUCCUUCACUUCCAAGAUUUGACUAAAGAUUUGUUCAGCUCAGCAUUGAAUGAAGCCCUGAAGAAUCCAAAAUAUCUCGAGAAUGCUAGGAGGAGAUCUGUGUUUCUACAUGAUAGACCUAUGAAGCCUAUGGACCUUGCAGUCUACUGGACCGAAUUUGUAGCAAGAUUCAGAGGUGCUCCCCACCUGAGAGUUGCUGCAGUGGAUAUGCCAUGGUACAAAUAUUUCCUGGUAGAUGUUAUGGCCAUGUUAAUGAUGAUGUGUCUUGUCGUUAUGACUCUAUUGUAUUUAAUCGUUAGAAAAGUUUGUUGCCGUCGAACAAAUAAUUUGAAAUUAAAAAAGAAUUGAUUUGUUUCGAGUCUAGAUCAAUGAUUUCGUCAAAAUCGGAAAAUAUCGAAGCUUUUAUCGACAGAAUAGUAAAAUGUCAGAACCGUACAUUAACAGAGUCGCAAAACGUGAGAACCAUUCAAUUACAGAAUCACAAAAUGUAGGGACCAUAACUUGACAAACAUUUCCGAUUUGAGAAAGCUCCAAUUGCUGCCGCACAUAACAACUGUAGCAGUGCCAAAUGUUCCUAAUCCAUAACAGAUUGAUCCUCGUGCAAUGGUAAUUCCAAAAAUGAUACUUAUUGAUAGCCCGGACAAAAAUAAUAAUACAAAUUGAUAUGACAAAAUUGGCGGUGUCAUAUUCAGGAAGAUGAAUGCCAACUUUAAUU